GCCUUGAGUCGUUUGCGAAAACCGCCUCCGCCGCUUCUGCUCGUGGCCUCCUCCCGCCAUCCCCAUCACCGGCCUUCGUCGCCGCCCCAGCAGAACCCCCCUCGACUCCCGCCCACGUACCUGUCCCCGCCCUUGGUUUCUUUCCGCAGGAUCAAGGGAUCUGGCCGACACCAACCUGCCAUCAUGGCUUCGUUACGGCAGGCUUCGCGCAGCUCGGCUGCGUCCUCUUUGGCGUUGUCGAGAGCCGCCACACCUACCUGUCGACUAGCCGGUCGGCCGUAUGCCUCGAUACGGCUGCUCUCGGGUGCCUCUCUGUCUUCUCCCUCCAGACGCUCGACAUCCUCCGCCCGCUUGGACGAUGCCUCCAUCACUUCGCUGCGCUCAGCGUUUCUGCCCGAGUCGAUAGCGCUGGUCCAUUCCCGCCCGUUCAGCCAGUCGACAAGACUAGACGCCAAGGUCGGCAAGCCCAAAGAUCUCAACUUCAACGCGUCCACCGACCGGCCGAACGUCCCGCCUCGGCCGUUUGUCGAGGAGGAACCCUACACGGAGCCCGUGAAGCCCGAGCAGGAAAGUGCGGACAAGCCUGAGGCGCCCAAGAAGGAGGCUUCAGAGGAGAAGCCCGAGGAGCACGAGCAGGAGAAGAAGGAAGGCGAAGAGCAGGAGAAGACUUCCGAAGAGGGAGAGCAGAAGGAGAAGAAGGAGGACCUCCCGCCACCGCCACCGCACGGAGACAAGACUCCCUGGCAGGUCUUCAUGGAGACCAUGCAGACCGAGUUCAAGGCCUCAAAGGAGUGGAACGAGUCGACCAAGCAGCUCUCAGACUCCGGCCACCAGUUCAUGGAGAGCGAGCGUGUCCGCAAGCUCCGCGAAGGCUACACCACGACCACUGGCGCUGUCACCGACACCGCGGGCAAGGUCCUCAAGACCUCUGCCUCCGCUAUUGGCAAGGGCGCCGAGUGGACGUGGGACACAUCGGUCAUGAAGGGAAUCCGCAAGGGCGCCAACGUGACUGGUGAAGCUCUCGACAAGGCCACUAAGCCUAUCCGCGAGACCGAGGCGUUCAAGAACGUCAAGGAAGUCAUCGACGAUGGAAGCAGCUCAAGAUAUGGCGGCUGGGUAGAGAAAGAGGAGCGGAAGAAGGCCAGGGAAGCUCGCGAGAGGCAGCGCGCUCUCCAGAACGGUGGUAGCAACGAGCCUAUGGUUGAGGAUCCAAAUGCCGGUACGAAUGUGACUCUACACAAGGACGCCGCGUGGAAAGAAGCAUGGAGAGACUUCCGGGACCAGAGCAAGGUCAUGCAAGGCUUCUCGACCAUGAAGAACGUGUACAACGAGUCUGAGAACCCGCUCAUCUCGACCGCGCGCAGCAUAACGGACAAGUUUGCCAGCUUCUUUGCCGAGAACGAGACCGCCCUCGUCAUCAAGAAGUUCCGCGAGGUCGACCCACGCUUCCAGCUGGAGCCUUUCCUGCAGGAGCUUCGUGAGUGGAUUUUGCCAGAGGUCCUGGACGCUUACGUCAAGGGCGAUGCCGAGACGCUGAAGCUGUGGCUUUCUGCUGCGCAGUACUCAGUGUACGAGGCUUUGACCAAGCAGUACCUGCAGGCAGGCAUGAAGUCUGAUGGACGCAUCCUCGAUAUUCGGCACGUUGAUAUUCUCAAGGCCCGCAUGCUGGAGCCUGGUGACAUUCCCGUCUUUAUCAUCACCUGCCGGACGCAGGAAGUCCACGUCUACCGGAACGCCAAGACAAACGAGCUUGCCGCUGGCAUGGAGGACAAGGUGCAGCUGGUGACAUAUGUCAUUGGCAUUACGCGCACGCCCGAAGAUGUCAACAACCCCGACACGAGAGGCUGGAGACUGAUUGAGAUGCAGAAGGCCGGCCGCGACUACAUCUGAGCCCAGCCAGCCACCAAGUCGCGUGGUGCAUGCCCCGUCACAGCAUGAACCCGCAAUGAUACCCCUCUCCACGUCGCUGGAGCUUCCGAUCACUUCCUCCGUGUUGUAAUAUUGUACCAUCAUAUAAAAAGAACGCUCUCCAGUCAAUGAGAGCGCAGAUCACUU